AUGUUGUCUAAAUUUAAGGUUAAGUCCGUCGGCGGUGGGAGUUUUCAAACUCAUUUUUAUCACAAUCGAGAACAGAGUUGCGCGCUGGUACAGACACAGCCAUCUCUUAUAGAAGUUUAUGAGGCCGAAAUAAGACGUCUUCGGGAAGAGAAUUGCAAUUUGAAAAUUCAGCACAACACCAUGGCAAAUCAGCUGAAUGAAGUCUUAGCUCAGCUUCAACAAGCAAAUGCUGAAAAACUACUGCAAAAGCAGAGAAUUAUUGGGACUAAAAAUGUUUUUUAUAAUACCAAAAAGGACUUCUGGCAAUUAACUCCGGCAGCCAGAAAUAACAAGAAAAGAAAAGUCAGGCAACUUGUGGCUCAAUCGGUGGAAGGACUGAAGGAGUUUGAGCCCAUCGAGGUACGUAACAAUUUUACCUUUUCGUAAAAACUAGAACUUAGACAUUGACCAACAGCAAAGUCGCGAAAAAAAAUCAUACGUCUAUGUGGCGAUCAAUCUAUUUAUCUAGCUAUGUUCAUAUGAAAACAAAUUUUAAAGGGAAACCCCCGUCUUCUUCAGAUUAAGUUCACUGUACAAGGACGUGAAGUUGUCAUUCCACUUGGACACGAUGCUGGUGACGAGAAAGAUAACUCCACUUGUCGGACGACGCAGCAUGUACUUGUGGCGAAAGAUGAAGGCUUGAUUUCAGACGAGGCAUACCAUGAGUUGAGGAUGGCCUUACCAGACGAGGAAAGAGAGAUUCUUCCGCCAAUCAGUGUUCUGAAACAGGAGAGGAACAGGCAAAAUGGCAUCAUUGCCUUGUAUUCAAUACCAGAGGUCAGUGAAAACAAAUGUAACUUAUUUUAACUACAUGUACCUAACUACCAAAGCCAAGCGAGACUAAAUUGAAUAAAAUCUGACUAGUGUGGAAAUCACAAAGAUUCAAUUACAAAGAAAAAAUAAUAGUUGUAAUCUCAGACUUAAAGUUAGGUGCAUAUCACGAGAAUGAAAAAUUAAUACUUCAUUCUAAUUUACCACAGGCUAAAAAAGGAGAUGGGGUAAGACGCGAUAUAAAGGCAAUUUUGAGUCAGCUGCUGUCCAUCCAAAGUAUAAAGAACACUGUGCAAGCCAAUGGCAACGAACUCCGCCUGCGCUUUGCUGCUGAUGGAAGACGCACCAGCAAUAAAAUUGGCACUGUAAUGGCUGUGUUUAAUAUUCUCAAUGAACAAAGGCAUGACUGUGACCACCAGUACCCCAUCGCUCUGUAUAAUGGUGAGAUUUUAAAAUCCUGCAGUUUCAUAAAGAAUGCUAGCUUUUUAAGAGACGCUGAAAGUUAAAUAUUGUAAAUUUAUAUCUCUACAGGAAAGGAGGAUUAUUUAGAGGUGAAAAAUUGUCUUGGGCCUGUGUUUGCACAAGUUAAUGACCUUCAACAAAAUGGUAUUGAGGUGGACGGAAUACACUACAAAGUGAUAUGGUAAAUGAAUUAUUUCAUGUCAAAAAAUAAAUUGUUUUUUAAUGAAUUACUAGAGAUAAUGUAAAUAUUCUAGCUAUGAAUAUAAUUUAUUAUAUGUCUGAGUAGAGGAUAGGUGCACUGUGAAUUAGGAUCCAUUGAACUUGAAACAAGAGAUGGUUUACUCAAUGAAGCAUUUUUCAUUUUAUUUUCCUAAGGUACUGCUGCUCAGACUGGAAAUUUCUCGCCAUGGCUUAUGGACUAAAUGCUGCCACUGGAAAAUAUUUUUGCAUAUGGUGCUACUGCACAAAAGCAAAAAUUUGUGAUUUCUCAAGUAAGUCUGCAUCUAAUAUACUCAAUUAUGGUUUAAAAGAUAAAUUUUGUAGGCAAUAUAAAUACAAAAUGCAAUGUUUACUUGGCAUUUUCCUCAUCAAAAUUCUGCUUUUUAAUUUUUUUUUAGUACACGACUGGCCAAUUGAGAGGAAUCUUCAACAAUGUAUGAAGAACAGUGCAGAAAAAACCACUGAUGGAAGGAAAGGCUCAAUUCAUGAGCCAUUAAUCUCAAUUCCAUUCACCCAAGUUAUUGUCGACACUCUUCAUCUUUUUCUUAGGAUCAUGGGGCUUCUCUUUCACCAAGUAAAUACACAUUUUCACAUUAAUACUAAUGACUUAAUUGAGUAAGGUCCUUUGUACUCAUGAGAAAAUUAGUCAGAAGACCUUUAUCUCUGGUGAAUCUUUAAAUUUGUCUUAGAUGUUUUUAAGAUUAUUUUAUGGACAAUAGAGUAGUAGUAGUACUAGUAGUAGUAGUAGUAGAGAAAAGGCCAUACAAUUAACAUUAAACUGUGUGAAACCAAACAAAAUCUAAAACAAAAAACGAAAACAAGCAAAAAACCAUUGUGACAUAUACUGUAUCUCUAAAUCUGCAUUACAGGUAAUUGAGUUUGUAAUCAACAAAAAGAGGAUGGAUAUUCUAGAGAAGGAGCUAGAAAACAUUGGUGUCCCAUUUAAGUUUUUCCAAGUACAAUGUGAGGAUGGGUCAUCUCAAACACAGUGGACUAGACUGGAUGGUAAGAAUGCUCAUUGCUAA